AUGGAAGACAUCGAACAGACCCACAAUGCCCUCAAGCGACAUGUCGACGAUAGUGACAACGAUAACAAUGAUAACAACGAUAACGCACACGACUCACCCUCACCCAGCAGCAACACCAGUAACAGCAACAACGAGAGCUCAUCCAAAAAAGCACGCGUAGAUCACACCGAGGACCACUCUGCUGACGAAGAAGGCGACAACGCCAACACCGACAAGGACAGCCCGACAGAAGGCACUUCACGGAACGAAUCAGCAGAGCCUGUGUCGGAAGCAAGAGACCCUCAGACAGGACUGACAGAAUCGCAAACAAAGGCACUGGAACGGGCAAAGCAGUACGCAAGGGAAGUCCAGGAGGAGCUUGUCAAAGCAGGAGCACUCACGUCUGUGACCGAACCAGAGCCUUCCCUCGCCAUCGCCAACAUCUCAGAGCAGCGCAAAUCACUCUGCAGGAUCUAUGUCGGAUCAAUCUCCUUCGAAGCAACCGAGGACGAUGUCCGUCAGAAACUCAGUCGAUUCGGAGCCAUCAAGGAACUGGCACUCAAGGUCGAUACAGCAACAGGAAAACAUCGCGGAUUUUGCUUUGUCGAGUACGAAAUACCUGAGGCCGCCAUCCUGGCCGUCCAGGCGACGGACACGAUCGACAUUGGAGGGCGCCAUCUCAAGAUAGGUCGGCCCAAGAACUACGACGCUGCAGGAUUGGAUGAGCUGCCCCCAGCACCUGAAGAUCGCAUCUACGUAGCGAACAUUGGCUCGCUCGUAUCAGAGUCGGAUCUCGCCGGCAUCUUUUCUGCGUUCGGGGCUGUCGAGAAAUGUGUCCUCACACCCGAUCUCCUUACACGGAAACACCGCGGAUACGGAUAUGUUCAAUUCGAAUCGGGCACCUCCAUUGACACGAUUGUCGAUUCUAUGAAGGGCUUUAUGCUGCUGGACGUCCCUAUGGGCGUGUGCAAAGCCAUCAUUGGCGGUCCUUUGCCUGAAGGUAUGAAGUCUCUUGACGGUCUUCCACCUGUCGCUCCAUCAACUGCCUCGCCAUCCCAGAACCGCCCUGCUCCUCAAGCUGCCGUGUCCAAUUCUGUGAGCCCCGCCAUGAUCGCGAGGGCAACGGCAACGGCGGCAUCGACAGCACAGCGACUUGUGGCGAUUGGUCAGUCAUCGGGAGCCAACAUGGGUAACGACAGAGAGUCUGUGGCGUCGGAAGAGAACAUGAGUAUCAGUGGUAACCAACGGUAUUUGGUGAUGCAGAGUCUGGCACGGAGUGGUGGCAUCGUACCACCUGCUUCUGCGACUACACAGCAAGCCAAGGAGAUGGAUCACUCGACCGUUGUCCGGCUACAGUACAACGCGACUCCCGAGGACAUUGACGAUCAGUUGGAGGAAGAGUUCAAGGAAGAGUGCUCCAAGUAUGGUCCUGUCAUCCUGGUCAAACUUUUGCCGCUUUCCGAUGGCUUCCUUCGCAUUUUUAUCCAAUUUGCUUCUCCCAUUGAUGCGAGAUCGGCGGCGGCACAGUUGAACGGCAGACAGUUUGAUGGCAAGACUAUUCAGGCGACUCUUUUUGACCAGCAGGAGUACAUUGCCGGAAGACUUGUGUAA